CAAGGGUGGAAGCAUGAAAAUGAAAUGAAACGGUGUUAUAAAUCGUCAUUUUUACCAGAUUGUAUAUUUUAGGCAGUAAACACAAUGUCGUUUAUUCGACAUCUACUUUAAACGAGCUCAUAUUUCGGACCAUUCCUAUUGAACAUUGUAAGCCGCCCGGCUUUUGUUUCGAGCGCGUUGCAAUGGUGUUACGGACCUGUCCUGUGUACCUUACUUUAUGUAGGAGAGCAACGGCUGCAGCAGUCGCUCCAAAGGACUCAUGUUCAGUGCUUUCACCAUUGGAGCAAAAAUUCUACCCACAAAUAGGUAACCGUGAAAUAGUGGGUUUCGGUAGGAAUGGGAUUCCUAUGUAUUAUGAUGAUUUGGCGUACCCUUACCCUUCAAUCAGAUUUCGCAACCAUACCCCUGAAAUUGCUAAACUAAGGGAGAAAGAACAAGGGGACUGGAGUAAAUUGACAACCGAAGAAGUAAAGACAUUAUAUCGUCAUAGCUUUCAACGUACCUUUGCUGAAUUAGCCGCUCCAAACGGCCAAUGGAAACUUGGACUAGCAUAUGGUUUAAUUUUCAUUAGUAUCGGCCUUUCCUUUUACAUAUACAUCCGUACGUUUGUUGUAAUACCGCCGAAAAACGUACUCGAACUGCCUGAGUAUAAAGAUGCAGUUUUAUACAAAAAAGUGUUCAGUCGGUCAGGAUCAAUUGGUGAUAUCUAUAAGUUUGAUAUUUCUAAGAUGCGUUGGAGAGAAGAAUAACUUGUUAUUAAUUCUAUUUAGUGUUAGAUGUAACAUUUGAAAUAAACUGUGUUAGUACUA